UUUGUUCGUUUGACGCCAUUGAAGAAGUAGGAGACUAAGGCCGGUAUUUAGCGGAGAAAUAUUCAGAUUUUUGAAAUCACGAAGCCUUAAAUUAAGAUAAACAACUAUAUAAAACGUUUAUUACAUGAUAGCAGAAUAUUUUACAGCUACAGUUUUGAGGGAAAAUAGAUUUAGAAGACUGAAAGCAGGGAGUUACAAGAAGAACGUUUUUUUAUCGUACAAGACAAGAAGCUAUUGAGAAAAGGUCAACUGUGUGUUUGAGACCACUUUUUCUUUGAAAACAAAGGUUGGCCAAGUAAAAAUGUCUGUUAUCAUAAGACUACAGAACCUUCCAUGGUCUGCCAAUUCUUUGGACAUCCGGCGUUUUUUUAAUGGUUUAUCCAUUCCUGAAGGUGGUGUACAUAUUGUUGGUGGUGAAAAGGGCGACGCUUUCAUUGCAUUUGGUACUGAUGAAGAUGCCAGACAAGCUAUGGAGAGAGACAGUGGGAGAAUCAGAGAGGUAAAGGUGAAGUUGUUUUUGAGUAGCAGGACUGAAAUGCAAAGAGUUAUUGAACAAGCUCGAACUCAGAGUUUGGGAAUCCAGCCAUCUGUGCCACAAGUACAACCAAAGGGAUUAUCAAAAGAAAGAGACAGUGAACGUAAGCACACCCCUGACAGACCUAAAAGUCCUGAUAGACGACGUGAUAAAGAAAGGUCCCCAAAGGAUAAAGAUCGUAGCAGAAGGUCGAGUCGAAGUCACAGGAGCAGAAGCCGCAGUCCUCGACGGUCAAGGGACAGGGAUAGAGAAAGAGAUCAAGACAAAAGAAGUGAUCGACAGAGACGAGAUGAAAAGUCCAAUGAUAGAUUAAAGCUACCAGAUCAACCUCCACAGCUUAAAGAUGAUGAUAUUAGGGUCCUAAACCCUGUAAUGGGUAGAGAGCAACGAGAUUCUUCUUUUGCUCCUGGGAGCAUUUCUAAUGGGGGAAUGGGUAUUCCUUCACAGGCUAGAGGAAUGCUUUAUGAAGAACCAACAUUAAUUUCAGAAAAUGAUCAUAUGCAUCCAGGUCACCCACCAUUUCCACCAAAUUAUGAUCAAGCAAGACAAGUUAGCCACUGGGGCCAUAGUUUCCCAUCUGAAGACACCAGAGAACAGUGGAGAGAAGAAAGACAAGGCCUUUUGGCACCACCAGGACAAUUUGGAGGAAGAUCUGACCCAAGAGGAACUCCUUUUAUCCCACAUGACAAAAAUUACCACGGUGGUAGUGGUUCUUCAUAUAGAGGAAGGCACCCAGGAAAUGAAGGUAUUCCAGAAAGACAUGGUGUUCCAUUUUCAGACCGAAGAAUUUCACAUGAUGAGGACAGAAAAAGUGGAUAUGAUGAGCGAAGAGGAAGGGGAGUGGAACCAAUAGACAGAAAACCACCUCAUGCUGGACCAGGAUUUGAGGAACCAGGUGCUGAACAAAUGGAAUAUUUUGAAGCUCCACUGCACAGAUCUGGUGGACAUCCACCUCAUGAUGACUAUGAUGGUAGAGCUUAUCCUUCUUCUGGAGAUCUACGUGGACGAGGAGCACCACCUGGACCUAGAAAUUCUGUACCUAGAGGUCAAGAUCCUCGAGCCUUUAGACCAGUUAAAGAUAGACCAACACCACUUGGUUCUGCUGAUGUCAGACCACCAUUGUUGAGUGGGCGAGGUCAUCAUCCAGGUGGCCACUAUGACCCAGAAUAUGAACCAUAUAGUGAAAUGCCACCACCCGGACUUCCAGGCCCUUGUGUUGAAAUCCGUGGACUACCUCAUGAUGUUCGCCCUGUUGAUGUACAUGAAUUUUUUCGAGAUAUUCAUAUUCCUUCAAAUGCUAUCAAACUGACAUAUGAUGAACAUGGGACACCAACUGGAUAUGCUUAUGUAAGGUUUGCUAAACCACAAGAUGUUGUUGAAGCUUUGAAAAGAACUGGUCAGAUGAUUGGAAACAACUAUGUGGAAAUUUUUAACUGUCCAGAAAGAAUGUUUAUGGAAGCAGAUGUAUAUCCUGGUCCACCACUUUCAGGAAGGAAACCUCUUACAUCUGGAUCAUUCAUGGGACAUCAUCCACCGAGAGAGGAGGAUUUGUGCAUAUAUUUGCGUGGUUUACCCUACCAUUGUUGUGAUGAAGAUAUCAUAAAUUUUUUUGAUGGAUUGCGAAUUUUGGAUGUCUUUAUUGAAUAUGAUAGAAAUGGAAGAGCAGUUGGUACUGGAUUUGUUGAGUUUGGCACAACUGAAGACUUUCAAACUGCUUUAGCAAUGGAUAGAAAAAUGAUUGGACACAGAUACAUUGAGCUUUCAGUAACAAGCAAGACUAUGAUGAAUGAAGCAAGAGGAGGAGAACCAGGACCAAAUCCACCUACUUGGAUGGGAACCAGAAAAGAGCUUCUUCCUCCACCAUCGGAGCAAAAAGGACCAUCAUGUGUAGCUUUACAUGGUCUUCCAAUAGAGAUUUCAGAUCAGGAAGUUGCAGACUUUUUUGCUGAAGAAGGUGUUAUACCUCGAGCUAUUCAUAUUAUGUUAGGGCUUAAUGGAUUACCUUCAGGAGAUGCUUUUGCUGAAUUUGCCUCUAAUGAGGAAGUAACAUCAGCACUCAAGAAAAACCAACAGUACCUAGGUUUGAAAGUUAUUGUUGUUAAGCCGAUACCCUAUCAAGAAAUGAUUGAUAUUCUUGAAGGACCACCAUCUGAACAAGAUGCACUUUUAGAGCUCCCUGAUACAGUUCAGUCUCAAAGACAUCCAGGAAAACCAUUAAUGGAUACUCCUCCAGAAAAAGGGAGAUAUUUAAUGGAACCACCAACAGGAAGAGGACGUGGCAAACCUUUGCUAGAAUCUAGGGGUAGAGGAAAUCCACCUGUAGAACCAAUGGCAAGAGGCCGUGGUAGACCAUUAUUAGAGCCUGGGGGCAUUGGGAGAGGUCAGUCACCUAUAUAUGAUGAGCAUAUGCAAUCAGAUAAUCAUGGUACUCAUUCACAUGGGCUUCCUGGUCGUCGUGGACCAUUGGGACCAGAUCAAUGGAAUGGUCCACAGGACGGACCUCCUAUGGGAAGAGGACAUCGUGGAUACCCUCCAGACAGACCAUUGCCACAUGAACGCUAUCAAGCUAGACUAGAAGGGUCAGGAGGGCCAAGAUUUCAUGGUCCACGACCUGAAGAAGGUAAUGGACCUCCUGAUCGCUAUCGCCCUCCUGGUCCCAGAGGACCACCUGGAUGUCCAGUGGGUCCAACUAGCAGAGGACCACCAGAGAGUCAAAUGAGGUCAGGUAGCAGAGGACCUUCAGAAAGUCCAAUGGGACAAAGGAGAGGUACACAUGAUGGACCAAUGGGACCAAAUAGAAGAGGGCCACAAGAUGGCUCAAUUGGACCUGGUGCAAGAGGAACUCCAAAAGGCUUGGAGGGUCUUGAAAUAGUACAAAAAGAAGAACCUAUUGAAAAUCUGAGCAGAGGAUCAUUAGAUGGUCUCGGAGGUAUUGAUGAUAGAAGAUCACUAGAUUCUUCAUUGGGUCCUGGGCAAAUUGGACAUUCAGGAGAAAAACAAUUAGGGCCAGGUCGUAUAGGUGCGUCUGAAGGGCAUACGGAAGGAGCAGAUCCAAGAGGUCCACCAAUGGGGCCUCAUGGAUCGAGGGGGCCACCUAAACCUGCAUAUCCACGAGGUUCUAUGAUGGAAAGACCAAGAGGACUCCGUCCACCAAGGUCUCUUGAUCCAGGGCCAAAGGGAUUUGGUAAACCAGGUUGUGUUAUUGCAGCAAGUAAUGUACCAUAUCGUGCUACAGUUGAAGACUUGUUAAGUUUCUUCGAAAGUUACGAAUUAACAAAAAAUAGUAUCAUAAGAAGGUUUAAUGAAAGUGGUCAACCAACAGGAGAUGCAAGAAUUGCUCUUAAAACUGUGGAAGAUGCCCAGAAAGCUGUUAAGGAGUUAAAUGGGAAAGACAUAGCGGGACGCCCAGUGACUUUGCAAGUUGUUUAGUGCUAACUUAACAUUGUAUUAAACUGAGAUGGCUUUAUAUCCCAAGGACACUUCGUAGUUUAAAUGAAACUGAAAGCAAUGUUGUUGUAUUUUAUUAUUGAAGGUAUAACUGGCAUGUUGCUUUGGGUACCCCAUAAAUAUAAUUCUUACAAUAGUUUUUGUUUCGUUCUUUCCAAAUAGUAGCGCAAUUUUGAUCUAAUUUAUCUAUUAGGUUUUGACUUACAUGGUACUUACAUGUGUUUUGCUGCUGUUUGUUCUUGACACCCAAUUUUAAUCAUUCACCACCAAACCUAUCCGGGUAUUUCAUUUGUGUAAUAAUUAGCCCCCAUCUUGUAUUUAGUGAUCAACAUUUUUCUAUUAUUUGUAUGCAUGUAUGUAUCUGUUAGGUAUAUAUAUAUAUAUAUAAACUCCUUGCCGUCAUUUAGUUUAAAAGUGACAAUCCAAGUUGAGCUAGGAACUUAUUAAAGAAUCUAGUUCGUCGGAAUUAUUGUCAUGCUAAUAUAGACCUAUGUAUUUCUGUUUCAAUUCCAAUACAUUAUUUCAAAAUAUUGAAAUCAAGUUUCUGGUGAAGUAAAAAUAUUUCAUUUCUAUAAAACAUCAGCAGAGUGUAACUUGUGUAGCUGCAGGUAAAAGAGCACUCAUAUGGUUAUAUGUUCAUUAAGGUCUGAUGCCAACAGUUUAAUUGUGUUAACGUUCAUUUCAUGUAUAAACUACAUAAAAAAGUGUGCCUUUUUCAUUCUUCACUACUUCACACUGUUUAAAAUGUUUAAGUUUGUGUUCAUUAGACAAAACAUCUUGCCAUUUAACAUUUCAGAUAACACUUCCAUUACUUUUGUAAAACGAAAAUUUAUGCUCAGUAGAAACGUGCAUGUUGUGUGCAAGUUUUUAAUGUUUUUCAAGAUAAAAUUAGAACUCUGUCGUCAGAUGUGGUCAAUUUGAGAUAUAUAACUGUAACAUUUGUUUCUAGUUUAGUCAGGUUUCAUCCAUUUAAUACAGGGUAUACUUUAGUUAAUACGCAAGUAUGAAAAUUAUCAUAGUCGUCUUUUUUCAAAGUUUUUGUGACACUGUAUGUUUAAACGUUGUGAAAUAAAUUAGUUUUUUUACGAAAA